CGAGAUGUCGUUUAAUGGAAGUCCAACAGAGUUCCACGUCAAUUAGAACCAGACCGGGUUGGUAAGAUGCUCUUCAUAAAUAGACAGCUGAGAAAGCACUGCACUUGCUCAUCACCACCUUUCCUUCUUCUCUCUGUUUGUUUCUGUCAAGUGUCAAUUGACUCAAUUCCAUUCCAGCCAAACAUGGCUUAUGGGACGCUUGAAGUUGUUCUUGUUAAUGCUAAAGGCCUCCACAACACUGAUUUUCUCUCAGCUAAAAUGGAUCCCUAUGUCAUUUUCACUUUGAAGACCCAAGAGAAGAAAAGCACUGUUGCCAAAGGGCAAGGAUCUGAACCAGCAUGGAAUGAAAGCUUCUUGUUCACCGUCACCAAUGAUGUUUCGGAACUUCAUUUGAAAAUAAUGGAUGAAGACACCUUUACCGCUGAUGAUUAUGUUGGAGAAUCAACCAUUUCUUUAGAGCCAGUGUUCAAUGUAGGAAUUGUUCCACCAACUGCGUACAACGUUGUCAACAAGGACCAGGAAUAUCAUGGGGAGAUCAAAAUUGGACUCAAUUUCUCUCCUGAGCCGGAGACGAACAGCUUCUGUUCAGGACACUAUGGGGGUGUUGAGGAUUAUGGUGGAUGGAAAGAAUCAACUUUCUAAGAAUGACCUUAUGACCUUGUGAUGAUAUACAGUAUAAUCGUGUAUGAUGAUCACAUAUAUGGUAUUGGCCUGAGAGAAUAAUGAGCUUGAAGCCUCGUUAAGUGGAAGUUAACUUUUAAUUGGCGUUAGACAUACUUCUCCAUGUGUUUUAGACCAAUAUAUAUCAAUUUGUUUGGUAUACACAGAAGUAAUGAGUCAAUUUUACU